AUGACCAGUGACGCCGCAUGCUGUGAUUUGGACAGCAGUGACGCCGCAUGCUGUGACUUGGACAGCAGUGACGCCGCAUGCUGUGACUUGGACAGCAGUGACGCCGCAUUCUGUGACUUGGACAGCAGUGACGCCGCAUGCUGUGACUUGGGCAGCAGUGACGCCGCAUGCUGUGACUUGGACAGCAGUGACGCCGCAUGCUGA